AUGAUUGCUAUAGAUAUCGAUUCAUCUCUUAAACGAAGACCUAAGAAUAUUAGUAAAGCGGCGUUGGGCUCUAAUGUUAAAUUUAGCUGUACUGCACGUUCCUAUCCGAAAGCAACGUAUGUAUGGUAUAAGGAUGGCUCCGCAGUGAGUCAAACUGUUAGAAGGAUCAUAACUGAAACUGGAGAGCUUGUAAUAUCGGAACUACGAGCUAGUGAUGUUGGCCAAUAUCACUGCAUAGCCCAAAACUACCUGGGAUAUGCUAAGUCAACUUUCGCCAAAUUACAUAUUGAUGAAUGUAAAUAG